AUGGCAACGGCUAAUUUAAAGUAUACUACUAACUACAAAAGGACACAAAAUAAAAGUUCUGAGGAACUAGAAGCCAAAGAUCGCAAAAAAAGUUUGGAAGAGGCUCAAUUAAAAGCUCUAAAAGGAUUUGACCCCUCCCGCAAAGGAAAAAUUAUGACCUAUGAUGAAGGAGGAUAUUUAGGAAUUAAAGGUUAUAGUAGUAAUACCAUGAGUGGAGAGUCUGAAGGAACCCUAUUAUUUGCUCCCGAAACCUUAGAGUUUUUUGAAAGAAUAUUAAAAGAUAUUGACAAUUUUUUAAGUGAUGCGGAUUUGGAUCCAGAUCCCGGAUUUGAAAAUGAUAAUUACGCCCCUUACUUGGUCCGCAACAAUUGUAUACUUUACGGAGCACCGGGAACCGGUAAAACGGAAUUUGUGCGGGAAUUAAACCGGAUGCUAAUCGAAAAAUAUUCCCAAAAUAACGAACCUAUUGCCGACCCCAAUGACCCCCGUUAUGGUCUAGAAAAUAAUCGAGUUAAUCAACCAGCAGUCCCGAUUUUUGAAAUUAACGGAAAAAGAUUACAAACCGGCGGACAAACUAUGAAAGAUUUAAAUACGCAUGAAAAAUUGGCGGAAAUUAUCAAAGUCUUAAAGCAAGAAGCUUUUGGUGAUGCUUUUUCUACUAAAACUUAUAUUGUUUUUGUAGACGAGGCUGACCAAGCCCGUAAUACUAUGGCCGGGGAUAAAGCAGCCUUGUUAGAAGAAUGGAAAAAUUUUCUCUCUAAUGCCUCCGAUAGUGGUGGUUUAGGUAAAGAUGGUCAAGAUGCUAUUAAUCCAGCCCAGGAUCGCAACAGCAUUUUUAUUAUCGCGACUAAUAAUUAUGGAGCCAUCGACCCAGCCAUCAAACGCCGCGGCCAGAGAAUUAAUAAGGCAGUCAAGGAUGCCACCCGAGAUUUAGAAGGCAGUGCUAAAAAAGAUAAAGAAAAAGAAAUUACCGAGCAAGAAAGCAAAAUAAUUAAAGAUGAUUUAAAUUCUUUUACUAAAGCGGAGCAAAUAAAAAGAUAUCAAUUUGGGGAUAAUCAAUUAUUACGAGAAAGAAUUCGGGAAUUGGGUGAUCAAUUGUAUAAUAAUCAUGUAGAAUUAGGUAAUGUAGUAGGGGGUUCUUUAUUGAAUAUGGUUAAUACCUUGGAUGCUAUCAAAGAAGAAAUUAAUGCCGCCGAAAUUCGGGCUUUAAAAGAUGAAGCCUAUCAAGUUCGUAAGGAUUUACAGCAGGCUACUUUGGAUGUGAAAGCCUUAGAAGGACAAAUUGAUGCCUUGCGGCAAAAAAUUGGCAGUAUCGGAAGUGGCUCGAGUUCGGGCAGCAGUUUUUCUUUUCCUUCAGCAGCAGGUAUACUCGGUAGCACUUCUACGACCGUGCGAAAUGCGAUUGUUGGUGUUCGUAAUCAAUUAGUAGGAGUAGUUAAUGAUCUAAUUAAUGAUAUGAAUGACUUAAAUCAGCAAAUGACUAGUUUUGUUAAUUCUUUGAAUGCUAGUGGGGGAGCCAGCACCACAGUUAUUAAUGAGUUUAAUAAUUUACAAACCAAGCAAAAUAAUUUGGUGCAACAAAUAAAAAAUUUACAAAAUACAAUAAAUAGCAUGCGGCGGAGUCAGCGGAUUAUCCAUUUUGCUACCAAGGUAACGCCUGAAUUUGAUAAUUCAAUUAGGCAGCAGGCCGAAAAAGAAGGUCUGAUGCUGGUAGAAAUGUUGGAAAAAUAUCAACAGGCUUACGAAGAAAAGUUUACUAAUAUGCCUACUCCGCAAGGAACUUAUACUCUAACCAGAGAAACUUGCGAAAGACAAAAAACUAUGAGUUGUGGUGCUUAUCAAGAAUGGCAAAAAUAUUGUGCUAGUGCGGGUAAAUUAGGGGGAACUUUUAUUUGGACUAAUAAUGGCCUGGAUAACGCCACCCCGCCGCCUUUUGCGGCCAAUAUAGAUAAUAAGGCCAUUGAAGGUUUUUACGACCCCCGUUGGAAUAUUAAAGUCGCUCAGCGUUUACAAGCAAAAGAAUUAAAUCAAUUAUUAGAAGUAGUAGAUAAUAAAUAUAAUCCGGAACAGGAAAAAUACGACCGAUCUGUGCUAGAAAAUUAUUUACGAGAAAGAAAAAAAGAAGCGGCUGUUUACCAAAAACAGCAAACCGAACGGAGAAGAAAAAAGACUGAAAUAGAGAAAUUUGGCUUGAAUGAUAAGCCCCUAGAUAAGGAAAGAGGGCGGUCAUUUAAGGGCGAAGAACCAUCAGAAAAAGAAGAACGAAUAAUUACUGAUAGCGGAAAUGACAAUGAAGAAGAAUAA